CAGCGCGUCUCUCCGCGCCCCGCGGAACUGCACAGUGCGCACGCGCAACCGGGGAGGGACGGGAAAAGGCUCCUACACUCCGCCCCCUUCCUGUCCCUUCCUUGAGAGCCAAUGGAAACUCUCAGUUCAGUUGCGUCAUUUGUCCUGGCAACUACUGGCAGAUUCUUUCCAACCUGGAAUUCUACUCAGCUCGCUUCGGCAGCUUGUAUGUAAAGAAUUCUUGAACCGAUUCUACAAGACAUUGAUAGACAGAGGAGUUAACUUUUCGCUGGACACGAUAGAGAAAGAAUUGAUCAGCUUUUGCUUGGACACCAAAGGAAAAGAAAACCGCCUGUGCUAUUAUCUAGGAGCCACAAAAGACGCAGCCACAAAGAUCCUAAGUGAAGUCACGCGCCCAAUGAGUGUGCAUAUGCCUGCAAUGAAGAUUUGUGAGAAGCUGAAGAAGUUGGAUAGCCAGAUCUGUGAGCUGAAAUAUGAAAAAACACUGGACUUGGCAUCAGUUGACCUGCGGAAGAUGAGAGUGGCAGAGCUGAAGCAGAUCCUGCAUAGCUGGGGGGAGGAGUGCAGGGCCUGUGCAGAAAAAACUGAUUAUGUGAAUCUCAUCCAAGAGCUGGCCCCCAAGUAUGCAGCGACAGACCCCAAAACAGAGCUCUGAUCUCCAACGCCAGCACAUUUGUGACUUGUAAUUAGAGAGAAAAAUGACUCUCUAGGAUAUGGACAUGUUGAUUAAGGAUAACUGGGAAUGCAUCAUAUUUGGUCUCACGCUUUUUGUGUUGGUAUUAUUCCUCAGAAUUUUGUUACGUGGGUUUAUGAGUAAAACUAAUACUACUGAUAACUUACAUUUGCGAUGUACCAAAAGCUAAAAGUUCCUUUCUCAUAAGUUUCUUGGAAUGACUAUGCCAGUUUUCAUUGCCUGUCUCCUAAAAGUGACCUACUGACAAAUUGAUGGAGUAAAUUGAUUCCAAGAAAGAAGAAGGCAUUCAGAGACUCCUCUCUGGAUGCAAUUUUAAAAUAUAUUGGACUACAACAAAAGACAGAACAGUCAGCUUAUCUAAUGCACAACUUCAAUCCCAAAUACAGAAUCAAAAGUUUUCUUAAAGUAAAUUUUCUGUUUUCACUCUACAUUAUAGCUCUCUUUGGUAUCAGAAAUGGUCAGGCAGGAGUACUCGUUUUUCCCAUUGGAAGAAAACCCACUUAAACCUACUUAAAGAAAAUAGAGAGAUCAAGAAACCAUAUAAGUAUAGCCAAUGUUUGGCAAUUAUAUCAACAUUUACAUUGUUAAUUGAACCAAGCUCAAGGUCUUUUUCAUUCCUUACAGUCACAUAUCAGACAAGUUUUUGAUAGAAGAUUAAAGCAUAUUAAAAACACUCAUAGGCAACUGGGAACUUUACCAUUCUUAAUGCUACUUUAUCAGCUUUCAGUUGUAAAAUCAUCUUUGGUUCCAUUUUCUGGCCACAUAAGAAUAAGAAACCCACAGUAGAAGUGGCCGCCUCUGUGUGGCAGGUACAGCUGGGGAAUACUGAAAAAACAUUUCCUUGGAACUUUCUGGAGUGAUGGGAAUGUCCUAUAUCUUGAUUCGCAUGGGGAUUACAUGGGUUAAUAAGAUUGUCAUCUGGUAGAAAAAUUAAGAUCUGGGCAUUUUAUUGUAUGUACAUAAUAUCCUUAAAAACCGCUGUAGAAAAAUUAUUUGGAAAUUAACUAAAAUUAAUUAAUUCAACACACCUUGUUUGCCAGGCACAGUGGCUCACACCUGUAAUCCCAGCACUUUAGGAGGCUGAGGCGGGAGGAUUGCCUAAGCCUAGGAGUUAGAGAUCAGCCUGAGCAACAGAGUGAGGUUCCGUCUCCACCAAAAAUUUUAAAAUUAGCUGCGCAUGAUAGUGUGUACCUGUAGUCCCAGCUACUCGGGAGGCUGAGGUGGGAGGACUACUUGAGCCCAGGAGGUGGAGUCUGUAGUGAGCUGUGAUCCUGCCACUGCACUCCAGCCUGGGCAACAGAGAAAGACCCUGCCAGAAAUAUGUGAAAAAACAAACAAAAAAGCUCACCUUGUUCGUUCAAAGAAUUGCAUUUACUGGCUGGGGUUGUUUUCAGGGAGUGGAAGAGACAUUUUCAGACUGAAAAUAUACAUCAAAAACAUAAUUUUUAAUUCUAAAUGCUGCAGAGGUAAAUGAAUUUUCAGCUGGGAAGCUGAUACGUCAGAGAGUUAGUGGUUCCUAAGGAAAUAUAUAUAUGAUGUAACUGAAAGGUGAGAAUAAAAAAGCUGUGGUA